ACUUUUUCAUUCCCUCAAAUCUCAAUUCACUUCUCUCUCCUCUCUCGAUCCAUAGUGUGCUUCUAGGGUUUGUAUAUUUCUCAAUAAUCUAACAUUUUUUCAGAUUAAAAUUGUUCGAAUUCGCCGAUAUGAAGCUCACCGUCAAAACUCUCAAAGGCAGCCACUUUCAAAUUAGCGUCCAUGCUACCGAUACCAUAAUGGCUGUUAAGAAAUGUAUUGAAGAUGUGCAAGGAAAAGAUAAUUAUCCAUGUGGUCAGCAGUUACUGAUUUAUAAUGGGAAAGUGUUGAAAGAUGAAAGUACCUUAGCUGAUAACAAGGUCUCUGAAGAUGGCUUUCUUGUUGUAAUGCUAAGCAAGAGCAAAAGCUUGAGCUCAAGUGCGUCAACAUCUUCUCAGCCUGCUUCCACUGCUGCACCAUCUAGUAAUCAAGCUGCGCCAGUUAGUAAUCCUGCUCCUGCUCCUGUAGCUGAAGCUCAACCAUCUGUACCGGAUCCUAAGAGCACCGGACCAUCUUCUGUUGCUCCGUUAGAAAAUAACCAAUCUGGAUCAUACGAGGAAGCUGCUUCCAGUUUAGUUGCUUCUGAUAAUCUUGACCACACUAUUCAACAAAUCAUUGAUAUGGGUGGUGGUAGUUGGGACAAAGAGACAGUGAGACGUGCUCUUCGAGCCGCAUACAAUAAUCCAGAGCGAGCUGUCGAUUACUUAUAUUCGGGAAUCCCUGAGAGCACAGAAGUCGAUGUUCCAUUGGCUCAACCUCCAGUAGAUUUGAUAGAUGCAACUGGUCCACCAGCUUUAGGAGGACCAAACUCGUCUCCAUUGAAUUUGUUUCCUCAGGAGGCUAUUGCUGGUGCUGGAUCCCUUGGUUUCCUCAGGAACAACCAGCAGUUUCAAGCACUGCGUUCACUAGUUCAAGCUAAUCCACAAAUUCUACAGCCCAUGCUUCAGGAGCUGGGAAAGCAAAACCCUUCACUCUUGAGACUCAUACAAGAAAACCAUCAGGAGUUCCUCCAAUUAAUUAAUGAACCUGUUGAUGGUUCUGAAGGGGAUAUAUUCGAUCAAGCUGACCAGGACCAGGACAUGCCACACGCUGUCAGUGUCACACCUGCCGAACAGGAGGCAAUCGAAAGAAUGGAAGCCAUGGGAUUCGAUAGAGCUCUUGUGAUCGAGGCAUUUUUAGCUUGUGACCGCAACGAAGAACUAGCAGUGAACUACUUGUUGGAAAACGCUGGAGAUUUUGAAGAUUGAAGGCGCUGACAGGUUUAGAUUGAAGAUUUUUUUUUAAGUUAACCACAACACGGUUGAAAGAAUUUUUCCUUGUUAUAGUCGCAACAUUUUGAGAGAUAUACUACAUAUGUUUGGUGUUGGUUGAGGGUGUGGAUUGACAAUUUAUUAAUAAUGCUGAUCAACUAAAGCUUGUUUGCUUGCU